GUAGGAGAGGAACGAAAGCGAAUAGCGAGACAAAUUUAUUCGAGCCGGCGGAGAGAGGAGGAGCUCGCUGCGCGUAGCGAUCGGCGGCCAUAUUGUUCCAGCGCAGUGUUUGUUUUGUCGGUGGAAGCUGCGCGUUGGCCCCCACGCACGCCUACGAAUCCGUCCUCCUUUGUCAGGGGAGGAGAGAACUCCCGGCCUGAGUUUCACAAUCUUCGUGCAAAGAUACCCUCGCAUCUCAAUCCUCCCGUGUCGUUUAAUUUCUCGCGUGACGCCGCUCCCCGUGUCCGCUUUACGCCAGAUCGUCGCGCCGCUCCCCAUUAUCCCCGUUCGCCUAGUCCCCUUCCUCAAUCCCCCCUCUCCCCCUACCCCUCUCGGGGCCGUGGCCCGAACGAACGACUGGGUGUCAGUCGUAGACGGCACACAGUGAGCCCGAGAACAUCGCGCCACCACCGUCAGCAGUAGCACCAUGGCGUGCGCCACACUCAAGAGGUCCUUGGAGUUCGACCCGGUGCACAGCCACAGCCGGCCCAGCAAGCGACGGAGGUGCAUGCCCAUGUCGUGCGCGUCGCCCGGCGCGUCCGCGUCAUCGCCGCGCGGCGCACCGCUGCCGCAGAAACCGUCGCCGUUCGGCGAGAUAGCCAGCAAAUUGACGCCUGAAAAAAUGGCUGCCAACAUCAGAGAAGAAAUUCGCAGAUUGCAACGACGUAAGCAAUUACACUUUCAUCCUCAGACCAAUGGUGGCGAUUCAUCAGACAUGGAAGGUCCUUCCAGUCCUGGCUCUUCUUUGACUCCUUUUAGUCAUAGCUCUAGUGGAAAGGAAAAACCCCUAUUCACAUUUAGACAGGUUGGCUUAAUCUGUGAGCGAAUGCUCAAGGAGCAAGAAACGCAAAUUCGAGAAGAAUAUGAUCAGAUCUUACAUUUAAAACUGUCCGAACAGUAUGAUGCUUUUGUCAAAUUCACAUAUGAUCAGAUACAAAAAAGAUUUGAGUCUGCGGCUGCACCUAGUUAUCUAUCAUAAGAAAAGAAUCUUAUUUAUAAGGAGAUAUUUCUGUGAAGAACAUUAGAUUUCUACCGUGUGAGACAAAUUUUGUUUGCGCCGAGGUUCGCAGUAUCGCCUUGUUGCGGAAAUCAACUUUAAAAGAAUAAUAAACGAUGUUUUUAUCAAAAUAUCGUAUGGAAAGAAAAAAAAGGGCUAAAAAAGAAGCGGACGAAAAAAAAUAAUUAAUGACGUAAGUUCAUAGAAGGAAAAAGAAGAAUCGCGUCGAAUUACAAACUAUGAAAAUUUACGAUGUAUACUUUCGAGACUAACAUAUUUGUACUGUUCAACAUUAGAAAUACGCUGGUAUCAGGGAACUGAUUUUAGUUAUGUACAAAUGUUAUUACGAUUAAAAAUAUGAUACAUGUGCAGUUGCAAAGCUUGAUAUCCAGCUGAAAAAAGGAAAGAGAGAGCUGAAAGAUUUUUCUCCAAGCUUGUCACAUAAAUAUAUUUUUCUCUUAGCUCGUUUGAGAGAAAUAAAACGCGGAGAAAAAUUCUUUUUGUAUGUUAUGCAGAUAGAGCAUUGUGUUGAAUGCUAAGUAAUGUAUUUCAUAUAAUUUUUCGUUUAUUCGUCUUGAUGCUAUGAUAAUUUAAAUAUUGCUCAAGUAUAUAUGGCAAGCAAUGCUCUAAAUAUCUUAAUACAACGUGUAUCAUGCAUUUCAUGAAUUUCGAGGCAGAAGAUAAUGUAUGUAUUAAAAAGAUUGCCUUUCCUGAGUUCUAACUGCUCUGUGAGAAGCGAAAUGAUGUUUAGAAUUCAAUGUAUGAUUGUAAAUUAAGGGAUUAUAUAGUUCUAUGCAUUAUUUGUAAAUCGAAAUCUAUAUAUGAAAAAUACAUUAGCAUAACUUGUUAAAUGGAUAGUAAAUUUAUUUCGAUUGAUUCGCGAGUUGUAAUGGACUCACGUCAAGAAGAUUCUAAGAUAUUUCUGUUUGACUAGAAAAUUAGCCAUUUUAUGUAAAGAUACGAUUGUAAAAUUGUAAAACCUAAUAUUUUGCCGUUAUUUUUAUUGCAGUUGUUAUAUUUGUUUCAUCAUUUAUUGAAAAUUUUUAUAAAAAAAAAAAAGGAAAACAUGAUCUCAUUUAAAGUAUAGACGUUUACAAGAGUUGCAAAAGUGUCGGAUUAAUAUCGUAGACUGUAGUAGGCAUUGUAUGAAGGCAUUGUGAAGCAUAAGUACUUGGAAUAAAGAUUUCAUAAAAUCUUGUCACAUACAGUAUUUCUGUUCCCUGGUAGCAACGAAUUUCUGUGUAGUUGUAAUAAAAAAGUGCUGAAUAAUGAAUAUAAUUAUAUACCAUACUCUUUAA